CGCGGGCCGGUGUCCGCCAAAACUACAGUUCCCGGCGUGCCCCGCGCCGUCCCCGCGCACGCGCCCUGGGGGGCUCUCCUGGCGGACUGCCGUUCCUGCCGUCCCCCGCGGGCGGCCAGCAGACGGUCCCGCGUUUGCCCCGGUCCCCGCCCCCCACCCCGAGCCAUGGACAUGGAGGUGGACGCCGGCUCUGUGGUCUCGGGGCUGUCGGGCGGGGAUGGAGCAGGCGCGGGCCCGGCCGAUGAGGACCAGGAGAUGGAGGGGACUCCCAGCUGCUCGGGGUCGCGCUCCCUCCCCUUCGAGUUCGAGCGGAGCCGCUCGGAGUCCAGCGGCGAUGAGGACGACGACGAAGACGAGGAGGAGGAGGAGAUGGAGGAAGAGGAGCUCGAGGGGGACCCCGGGGCUCGGUUCGGGACGGACGACGGGGAGCUCGACUCGGACGACGACCGGGAGCGUAUGAUAAACCUCGCAGAGUUGACCCCUUACAUCCUGUGUUCCAUCUGCAAAGGUUACUUUAUUGAUGCUACAACUAUUACAGAAUGUCUGCACACCUUUUGUAAAAGCUGCAUAGUGAGGCACUUCUACUAUAGCAACAGAUGUCCAAAAUGCAAUAUCGUUGUACACCAGACACAGCCCCUUUAUAAUAUCAGACUGGACCGACAACUGCAAGACAUAGUCUAUAAAUUAGUUGUCAAUUUGGAGGAAAGAGAGAAAAAACAAAUGCAUGACUUCUAUAAAGAAAGAGGAUUAGAAGUGCCCAAACCAGCUGUCCCACAGCCAGUUCCAGUGAGCAGAGGAAGACCUCGAAAAGUUCUGGGCUCUGUGUUCCGGAUCCCACCAGAACUUGACAUCUCCAUACUUCUGGAGUUCAUUGGAGCUAAUGAAGGCACAGGGAAUUUUAAGCCUUUGGAAAAGAAGUUUGUGCGUGUUUCAGGGGAGGCAACAAUUGGACAUGUGGAGAAAUUCCUCAGAAGAAAAAUGGAUCUGGACCCUACUUGUCAGGUGGACAUAAUAUGUGGUGAUCACCUGCUAGAACACUACCAGACACUGAGGGAAAUUCGUCAAGCCAUAGGAGAGAGUGCAGUACAGGAUGGUUUACUUGUACUGCACUAUGGCCUGGUAGUAUCUCCGCUAACUGUAACUUAAAGAUUGCUAGAAUAUCAGAAGGCAAAAGAAUCCGAAGUCAUCAAGCUUCUUCACUGCUGUUUUUCACCAAAGAAGGCCAUCGUAUUUCCUGUGACAGGAAGCAAGUAAAAGGAACCACCACUAACUGCUGUAUGCUUGUAAUUUAAUGUCUGACUUUACCACUGUAAAAAAUUACAGCUUCUGUAAGUACAGCUAUAGAUGUUGCUGUGCUUUGUGUUACAAAUUACUGUCUUCAGACUUCACUCAGGGAAUUUAAAUGCUCAACAGUAGCUGCAUUUUUUUAUUUUCUAAAACCACAAGAUCUCAUGGGGUGAAUAGCCUUUUCUUCCUCUAAGCUAUGAGAUAUUGCUUGCUUUCUAAGUGUCUAGCUACAACAGUGCUCUCAGGGAUGAUCUUCAGUGGGCAGUAUUCUGGGGAGGAGACAGUCAUUUGCCUAAAAAAAAAAAAGUGUUCUGUGAUCAUCUGUCUUUGGAUGUGAUUUAGGGGGAAGGGAACUUCAGAAACGCAGACCAAAAUAGGUAGAAAAUGACGCAUCGUAAGCAUUGGUUUUUGAGAAGUAGCAUUAAAUUUAGUUGUUUUUCUUGAAGAAAGACAAUUUUGUUUGCACUGGAAAUAUAUUUGCUGGUAGUUUGGCUUAUACCAAAUGGUGGAUUGUGCAUCUCUAGUCUUAAUGGAGAUGAGCUGGCUGUAAGCUGGUUAAACUAUGCAUGAAAAAAAAAAAGUAGCACCUCUUUCUACGUGCUUGCUGUAUGUAAAAUAAUCACUGUCAGCCUGAUUCUGCUGUCCUGUAAAACCUGUCAACUGAUUUGACUGGCAGGAGCGUAAAUCCUUUCACUUUAGCACAUAUCUUUCUAGCAGCUGUGAAAAUGGUAGCUUUUUCCACUCUUUCUAAUGUGUAUUACUGCAUUGUAGUGGACACCAGGGUUGAGUAAUGUAAUACUUGCCUGUUACUACCAGAUUCACAGAGGACAUAAGGUAACUUUAAUUUUAACAUGUUAAAAUAAUAGGUUUUGUGACAACUGUAAUAGUUCAAAUUUUGUUCUGUUUAAGAUUUCCACGGUUUCUUGCGCAGCAUUAAGGACCAGAGCUUUGUGUGUUAUGGUCUUGCUGCAUACUAGUUCAUCACGUUGGGGAUUCAUGAAAGCUACUGUUAUGUACCAGGCUCCCUCCCUUCCCUAUAGUCAGUGCAGGGAAAGGGAGGAGAUUCCUUUGUAAGGCAUUUCAGAGCACCUAAGUUAGCUCAAAUGCACUUGCUCACUGUCAGCCUAAGAGGACUGGCAUCCUUUGUCUAAAGAAAGCUUUCAUGAAUCCUUCCUCAGGUCUUUACAAUAUAUGUUUAGUUUUUUCUGUGAAGAUGACACCAUAGGGAGAAGAAAAAAUGUCGUUUGAAGUAAUUCUUGUGAUGCUUUUAAAAAAUGUAACAAAAACAUUUCUAGCUACAAAUUCCUAUUUUACCUUUAAAGUUUGAUAAAAGUAGUGUUUAAAAUGCAGCAGAAAAUGAGAUUAUUUUGUAAACACUUUGUGAGUUGUGUUGAUAAGAGAUUAUAUAUUGUAACAGUAAAAUAAACUUUAUUUUAGCCAAUUUAAAAUUGAGCUCUCAUAUUUCCAUGCCAUGCUCCUUAAGUCAGCCUCAAAAUUAUAGCAGUUGAUACUGAAACUGCUGGAUGUGCUCUGGUGUUAUUAGAAUGACAAAUUUCAAUUAGGAGGUUGAAUGGUGAAGGGUAGUUUGAUACCAGAAUUUCCAGUGGAGCUAACUGUGGUAUCGUUAGUUGGAGUAAAAUGGAAUUUCUGGGACUUUCCUUUUAAUGAGGAUUUCGGUGAGAAAUAGCUCAGUAAAGAUGUCAGGAUGAUUUUUCAACACAGAUACAAGAGAAAUAAUCCUAUGUAGUUACAAGACCGCUUUUUCUGUCAAUACAUACAUCUUUUUGUCAAAGCCACCUCUAGAUUAUUUUCAUUCAUGUUUAUGGCUGCUGCUAUCACGUCCCCUGUGAACUGGAUCUUUCUCUGCUGCUCUGAUUGUCCUGGCUUUAUGCAAAGCAUCUGGCUCAUAUACUUUAUACUGCUACCUCCUGUUUCAUUAUCACUCAUGGUUUUGUUUUUGAUGUAGAGCUCUAUGCUUAAAAAAAAGUUAGCGGUAUAAUCACGUUUUACAUUGCAAAUUCUCCCCUAAUCCAGGCUUGAACUCCAUGUCUACAGAAGGGCUUAUUUGCAAAGUUUAACAGCUAUAUAGAAGCUGAUAGUUAAUUCAAAUACUGCUGACUUGCAUAGCCUCAAGAUGACUAUACUGCCACUGGCUGUAAUGUCACUGUCAGUUUCUGGGUUUUGUUUCUUUUUUUUUUUUUUUUUUUUUUUUUUUUUUUAAUAACAAAAGGGGUGGUCUGGAUAUCUUUAAACAGAGAUUUUCUGUAAGGUAAAUCACAUACCAGCUAAGCUAAAAUGCAGAAGGCCAAGACUUCCUACUUCAUUCUUUCAGUGGCUUAAUGAGGAGGAUUGAAGAUCUGUUGCCUGUGAUAUUUUGGUAUGAACGCUUAGUGAUCUCUUACUUCCAUUUGUCUGCUUCUCUCCUUAUUUCUUCCUCACCUGCCUUCAGAAAGCAUAUUCUUAGCUUCAUUUCCCUGGCUGAACAUCCUGCUUGCUUUCACCUUAAAGCAUACCCUGAAGGCACUGAAGUUUUAUCCGCUCUCCAGCGCCUGCAGUACCCCCUAGGGCACAGCAGUAUGCAGCGGAGGUGACCUUUGGCUAUUGCCAAGGCUGAUCUGUGGGCUGUGUGGUUUCCUGCAUAAAGAUAAUCAGUCUGCUUGCUUUAAAAUGUGCCAGUCUUCUUUCAGCUCUCCUGCUGCUGUUUUAUUUCUGUUGGUGUCCUUUUAACCUUGGCUUUCCUCCAGUCACUUUUGGUCCUGAUGAUAGAAGAGCUUCUGUAACAACAGGCCGUCUAUGGGAUGGCAUUUCUGCCCUCAUGGGAGAUGAGCCAGCUUCAUGCUCUGGAAGUGAGGGAAGGUGUGCUUGGACUCGUUCAUUAUUUUACAGACACUAUUGUUUCUUCACCUGAUGAAAUAAUUCUGGUUUUAUUUUCUAGUUACCUACUUAGCAGUGUCAUGGCUAACACAGAUCCUAAUUAAAUACUACUUGUACUGCAGCAUAAUUCUGAGUUGCUUUACAGGUCUGCUAAUUCCCAGCAAGAGGAGACAGUGAGCCCUAGUGUCAGGAGUUCUUAUAAAUGCAGAAUCAAGCUACAAUCAAGUCAUGAGCAUUGAGUCAUGUCGGUUACGUUCUGUCUGUUUUCUUUGUGUUUAAUACAGAGUUAGUGUAAUAAGAAGAUAAGGUUCAAGAGACUAGUGAAAUGUGCAGCUGAGCCCUCUAAAUGGAGGGGUACUGCGAUGGCAAUGUAUAACUAUCAUUUAUGUUCUGAACACUGAUAUUGCACCCAGCCUUGAUCUGCAUUGCCACCAGAACGAGCCAGGAGAACCCUUCACACUUAUUUCCAUAGAUGUGAAACAACCAAUGAGUUCUACUGAAAAAUCAUUCAAGCUUGUCUAAUACUAGUCUGCAUUGAAUUUCUUUUCAGGGACUCAUCAUGCAUUUAUGUGCAAUGAUUUAUGUUAAUGCAUGUUCACUUUUCUUCAGCAUGGAGUAUCAUUAUUAAGAAAUUUGUUCUUCAUACAAAUGGAGGGGGAGAGGAUUAACUCCAGCAGUUGAGAAUGAGCAUAUUAACAGACAUAGGAGUUUUUAUGUAUUACAUCCCUUUCUUUUAAAGGGAGAUGGUCAAGUUGUCCACAUGAAUCUUCUAAUAUGCUGCAUGCUCAGUAGAGUGUACCAGGUGCCAGCCUGAACAUUUAGGUACUUUAAAAUAUACUUGUUCUGCUGUGAUGGAUACUUGCUGAGAGAUAGAGAGAAUGUUGCAAAUGGUGCAUUCUCAUCACUUUUGCUUUUUAUUUGUUUUUUCUACCUCCUUUUGUUCUGUAACCCUAACUAGUUCAGCACGAAGAAAAGCAGCAAGGUGAUAGUAAGUUGAAUUUUACUCAUGUCAUCUUUUAAGAGACUCUUGCUGAAUGAGCCAACGGAUAUUUACAUUUGCUGAGGUUUCAGAAAGUUGCCAUAGAUACAGGUUUAGUCACUGAACAGGUCAAAUUUUAUUGGUUUUGAGAGAUAAAUGGUAAUCCCAUCUGAAGUGAAAUGCAAUAUUGAUUGGCUGCCGUGCAGCUGCAAAAUUCUUGCUGGAGCUGUAUCACCAUCUUUACUGGGUUUUGGUUUAGUAUAACAACAACAUAUUUGUGUCAAAGCAGCAGUGAUCUGCAAAAGAAAUAUUUCCCGAAGUUGAAAAGAGAGCUUGUAUUUUCUAAUUGCGUGGUAAAAUAGUCUAUUUGGAAAUGAAAUCUUAAAAUGUCUGUUUUCUUCCAAGGGAAACAUUAACAGUAGAAAAGUCAGUGGUGAGGACUUGGCAAAGAUUGAGAAAAAUAGUGUGUUCCUGGGAGAGCUGGUUUGGAGCCCUUCACAUGGGGUGCUGGGAGGCAACCAGUCGUUCCAAGGUACCACGAUGUGCUCAGAGCACACUGCUUGCAGCAUGCUUUUCUGUAGUUCGUGGUGACAGUGGUUAUGUUAAAUGAUGGACCAGUGUGUCCUUUCUUGCAUAUACCCGGGACUGAAAGGUAAGAGCUUGUCAGAUGAGAAGCCCAACACCCUUCACAAGAACCUCCAAUCUCCUUUUUCUUCCUCACGGGACACAGGAAAACAUUUCACCUAUUGGUGGCAAUAAAACAGAUGAUUUGUGUGCCACAACAUACAGAACAGGAGUGUGGUGGUCUUCCUCUUUGUGAGCAGAACUGAUGCUCGUGGCCCCCCCAAGAGCUUUGCUCCCAUCUACAAGCAGCAAGUGGAUGUGUGCCUGGGGCUCUGGAAUUGCACUCUGAAAUUUUCUGUGUAUUUCCCUUCCAUCUAAGCAGGUAUGUCUGUGUUUAGCAUGAACACCGCUCCUUCUUCGUGUUACAGUGGACACAGCCAAGGUCCAACAGAGCGGUCAGUUUUGGGCAGCAGAGUGUCUUUGUGAUACAUCUUGCUUUAACAAGGAUACGACCGUUUGUCGCAGAGUUGCAGGUUCCUCUCUGGUUUAGUCAGAUUUUGGAUGAAGACCCCUGCACUAGCUGUAGGAGCACAUCCCCCCAUCCCCAUAAUUGCAGACCCCAACUCUGCAGCCCUUCUGGUUCAGCUGGAAUCUGCUGGGACAGAACAGGAUCAAUAAGCAUUCUUUUACCCCACCCCAAGCAGUGUCCUGUUUGCAUGUUACACUGCAUUUGCCGAGUGAUCCUUACUCCCUUAUGCCUGCCAAGACUUGCAUGAAUGAGCUGGCAUUGCUUAUGCUAUUUUGAUAUAAACUUUGCUUUAAAGUGUCAGACAUUAAAUCAUUCAGUGUGGACAUUAGAUCAUUCAGAUGCAUCUGUUUGGCUGCUGGCGUUAGGGCUCUGUGUGGGUCACUCACUGGGGGAAGAAGCCCUUCUCCUUGAGGAGGUCCCUGCUAAGAGCUGGCAAGGAAAAAGCUGGAUGGAUCCAGCCAAAGGUGCUGGAAGAGACUUUGCUCUGAAUUGCCUAUUGAUUCCUUCUUGCUGAAUGACAGGGUUCUUCCCCAGUCUGGAAAAGGAGAUGUUUGCAUUCCUGCCAAAGGAAAAUGUUUGGGGUUGGGUUUUUUUUGGCUGCUUUUUCUUUGGCUUACUCUUUAAUGAAUUCCAGCAUCUGGACAAGCAUCAUUAGCAAAGCUGUUCUGUGUGCAGCGACUCUCUCUGGUUUUUAAGCAGUUGUACAUCUCAGCACAGACAGUUGUUGCAGGAACCUCCAGUGGAGCUGAAGGACCUAUGGUUCCAGGAUCAGGAUGGGAACAAGGCUCCUCCAUCACUGGAGCAGCAGGAGCGUGACCUAGGCCCACCUCAACCGACAUGCCAGGCUGCACAGACUGUCCCAUCUCACCUACGUGACAACAAAACGAGCAGAGCUGGGCAGCCCCGAAGCACAGCUGCGUGGUGCGUGGGCCAGCAUCUUCAUCCAGGGGAAAAAAAAAAAAAAAAAAAAAACGGUCAGCCCUCUGGUGGGAGUUCACACCCCUGCGUGGAGGCUGGCAUUCUCCCCAGCAUAAGGAUGAAGGCAACGCAGCAUCAUGGAGAAAUGGCCACUUUCUGCUUCUUCCCAAGCUGAUGGUGCAGUCUGCGUCCACAGCUGCCUUUUAUCUGAGAGGUUGAGGUUCUGCAGAGGUAUAAAUCUUUAAGCAUCUGCAGUGUGACUCACUCCUUUCCUCUGGCAGCCUUGGUGUUUAACCCAGUAAGAAAGAUGGGACCACAAAAGGGGAUUUACUGUACUGUUCCAGCUUAGUGCUCCACUGUGGAAGCCUUCUGGUGUGUAUAAGCAGGCGGGUGAAAGGAGUCGCCCAGAAGAAAAUAGUGAUAGAAAAGGAGGCCUGGAUGGAGAUAGCCGGAGGUCGGUUGUUGGUAACAUGCUGAGCUGGGCCUGUCCCUCUCUCCUGUCGUCGUUCUCCUAAAGAUGAGGAGAAUGUGGGCAUGGGCCUCCCUUAGGGAUAGAAGGGGCCACAUGUCACCACAUGUUCAAUGAGGAGCUCAGCCUUCUCACCCGAUGGCAGCAGCCACCUGGGGCCUGCAGGAGUUGGGCAGAUGGGGCUCAGUGUGCCUCAGUUGGGCAUUAACCAGUGCCUUCUCUGAUCCUGCAGCCAAAAUGAGCUGAGCCCCAGGAAAUGCCCGGAGCGAGCUGUCCCACAGCACAGGCAUUGGGGCCAGAGGCUGGACACGGGUAGCUGGGAGGCUGCUGCAGAGCUGGGUGCAGCUCUGGCCCCCCUUGGGAGCUCUUCCCUUGCUGCACAGCACCUGUGGCUGGGCUCUGUCCUUCAGGAAAGCGGUGUGUCCUGCUCCUGCAAGGGCUCUCGCUCACUCUCAGUCCCGGGAGAGCGUUUGUGGGGUUGGUCGAUCACUUGCUGCCAUCAAGGUAAUUAAAGCUUGGCACCUCAGAUCCUGUAAGAUCACGGGGAUGGAGCCCAGCAGAGGGGCUGUCAAAACCAUAAGGUAAUCUAAAAUCCGGUCUGGUCCUUUCUAGUGUAUCCUAAACUCCCAAGUCCUUUCCCUGCCUGCUGCCCCUCUACCACCUCUGGAGCUUAACACCAUGAGAAAGCACCAAAAUGCUGCAGAGCUCCAGAAAUGCAGGAAAUCUCUGGAGCCAGCCCUUGCAAAGCAGCUGUUUUCCAAAACAGCACCUUGUCCUCCCCCUGGCUCCUUUGCCCUCCUCCACAACUGCAGCCCCUUCACACUGGUAUCACCAAAGUAAAAUUCUCAGCUUUGUUGCUAGCAUCCAGCCAGCUGAGCAAGCAGGAAUCCUGAUGGAGGCUUCUGCUGAGAAUAAAAGACAGGUCAGGCUGCUUAUACUCAAGGGACAGAAAAAGCAGUGCUGGAGGGUAUUUGAGGUUCAGAAUAUAUUUCAUUAGCUGCACAGUGACAUCUGCCUUUUCUUCCCCCUAUGAUUUGGGAGAAAUGCUGUGUGUUUGCAUUUCCUAACUGACAGCUGAGCCAGGAGAUAUUUGGAGGUUGGUUGGUCCUGGACUUAACUCUGCAGGUACUGGCCCCCCAUGCUCUGCCUGGGCACCCCAGGUUGCUCUGCACUGUUUUGCUGGGGACUGUUGGUGGGAUGUGCUGCCCCAGCCGUGCCCCAAACCUCCUCCCCUGCCUCCAAAAGGUGCACCUCACUUCGCCUGCCCGCAGGGCUGCCCUCCCUGGGGCUGCGUCACCCCACAGUGAGUGGCCUCGUCAGGGCAUCGUCCCCAAGAUUAUCGGUGUGGCAGGGUCAAGGGAAGUGGCCGCACUGCUCCUGGCCUGCAGUGCUAGUGGAGAAGCCUGUGACUGUCACACCGUGUCUCUAGGGCUCUGGUGCAGAUUGCCAUGACGUGGCAUGACAAGGCAGGAAUGGGAAAGCAAUAGGACAGUGUGCUGCUGGCAGGGCCACGCAGCAGGAAGACUGCCCAUGCUCUUUCUGUGCCCCGCUGCCCUCCCACAUGCCCCUCUACAGGCACAUCUGAGGCAGAGCAUGGGCAUCUUCCGAAUAUAAGCCAGCGCUAGUCACGCCAGCUCUGCGGGCACCUUUGACUGCUGGGUCUACUUGGGAGGUGGGUGCACCCUCACUUCUUCCAUCUGCUAUUGUGUAAAUCGCUUUAUCUUCACUUGUGAAGGCAAACAAAGAGGCUAUUUUUAACCCCUGAGCAUGGAGGCAGGGUGGAGGAGAAAUGGCAGGUAUCUUGGGACCAAACUGUCAGGUGUGUGAUGCAAAUCAAAGCCUCAGAGUCCAUUUUCAGGGCAAAUGAGGGUGUGUUUGGUCAUGGGAGACCUUAUUCCCUCGGCCAGCCAGCUACGAACUCUUCUACAAAACAGGGCCACCGCAACAGGCACCUGGGGGUGAGACCCAGACAUGCCCCACUGCCAUCGGUGGGACCAGCCUUGCCUUGCAGCCGCAGCAGCAAAGUUGGGCAGCCACAUCCCAACACCAAGCUCUUUCCAGGGGACCGGAGGGACUGCUGGGGACCGAACGGGGUACAGGCCAGACACUGAGGUGUGCUCCCAAGGUGAAGCAGCAGCAAAGAAGACAAAACAGCUUGGUUUUGAUCCACAUAACUACUUCUUUCUUUUUAAUUAUUAACUUGUGCCUUACAAUAGAAGAGGAAAGAGUGCAAGCAAACGAUUUGCUGGUUCCAGGAACUACUCUGGCACCACCGCGAGGGCAGUAAGGUCUUGUGAUGAUAACCUUGCCAGGGCACUGACACGCAACACACACACACACAGAGUCUCCGGCUCUUGCAAAAGCGAUCGCUGGCAAUUUUAAGGCAUUGAAGGAAACCUAUGGUUGUAAAUCCUAUAUCAAAUUUGGCACACGUUGGAACAGUUAGAGCAGAGACAAGGAUGCUUUGCAGGCUGGUGUUUGGGAGUCCUGCAGCUUCCCAGCGCUGGCUGGGGCACGAUGCUAAUGUGAGCGUGGGGUUUUCAUGUGACAACUGUGCAGCCAAACAAGAGGCCCUGCAGACCCUGACAUUUCGGAGCCAGCGACACCAGAGAAGGCACCGUGCCUGGCGGUGUGGUGGUGCCUUCACCUCCGAUGCACUGGUUCCUUGCCCUGCGCCUGCUGCUAGCAAACCCCGCGUGCCUGGCUGGCCUAACACUUCUGAAAACCAGACAGAGUUGUCAGGACAAAAAAAAAAAAAAAAAAAAAGAA